AUGGUUCAAUCAGAUCAUUCUGGUAGUAGGAGUGGGAAAGGCUGUGGCUGCAUUUGGUCUCAUAUCAACUUAGACUUUGUCCAAAUAUCCCUGUUAUGGUUUGUGAUCUUCUUCUACACCUUAUUUGGGGCUGCUGUCUUCUCGGCCCUUGAGAGACCUUCAGAACUGGAGGCACACUGCAGAUGGAACAGACAGCUGGCUGAAUUUGUUCAGGAUCACCAGGUUCCUUUAGAGGACUUGCAUGAGCUGCUGGGACACUAUGAGGGGGCCAUUGCCGCCGGGAUUCGAAUGGAACCAAGGAGACCCCGGUGGGACUUCUCAGGAGCUUUUUACUUUGUGGCAACUGUAGUCAGCACUAUUGGUUUUGGGAUGGCAGCACCCGCUACCCUCAAUGGAAAAAUCUUCCUUAUCUUCUAUGGGCUGAUAGGCUGCUCAACCACCAUCCUAUUCUUCAACCUCUUUCUGGAACGCAUGAUAACGCUGAUUACAUUCCUCACACGCAGAUGUCGGAAGCAAAAACAAAGGACAAAGCUGAGUAAAAAACAUAUUGUCCCACAUUUAAACACACAACCAGAAAAUGGAGAUGGUCAGGAGGACUGGAAACCUUCAGUUUACUAUGUAACACUCAUUUUAGCAACAGUUGCGCUUCUGGUGAACUGCGGAGCAUCGGGCCUGUACUCGGCUAUGGAGGAUUGGAGCUACCCAGAGUCGAUGUACUUCUGCUUUGUAGCUUUCAGCACCAUGGGUUUCGGGGACAUGGUGAGCGGACAGAAGGCCCAUUAUGAAGCACGUUUAGUCUACCAGAUAGCCAACUCUGUAAUGAUCAUCCUUGGCGUGAGCUGCACAUACUCUUUUUUCAGCGUCAGUGCCAUCAUCAUCAAGCAGAUGCUGAACUGGAUUUUGUCCAAGCUGUUCAGUCUGCAUUGCUGUCGGUCUCAGGGCUGCUGCUCUGUCACAGGUCUGAAAGUCAAAGAACCGGCCAAUCAGCAGAUCCAGAGCACAAGCAACCAUCAAGGCACCUGUCAUGUGGUCAAGGCCUCUCACCCUUCCAAGAGUAAGUGUAAGUGUGCCAGCACUGCAGUAGAAACCGUGUGCCAGAGCCAAGACACAGUGAAGAGUGGCCCAACCUUUGAACACGAAAUCAGAGAUCUGGAAAAACUGCCAAAGUAUGAUGCAGAGAAAGUUUUCAGUGCUGUCAGCAAGAACUGUCAUCAUCACAGUGUGCAGGAGGAUGUGAGAACAGUUACACUGUCAAAUCAUCAGCAGCAAGAGACAAACAUUAAUGCAAAACCCAUACUGUAAAACUAUACUGGUAAUUUAAAACGAUACAGUAGUUCACCCAAAAAUGAAAAUUCU